AGCAGCAGCAGCAGCAUCAGCGGCACUGAGGCAGGUUGUUUAAGGACUGAAUGUCGUUCUGACUUCUAAAGGGACUCGCAGCCUACAAGGGGGAAAGAGGACAGGAAGGCUGUCAGGAUGGCUUCAAACUUCAACGAUAUAGUCAAGCAGGGAUACGUGAGGAUUCGGAGCAAGAAACUGGGGAUCUUCAGAAGAUGCUGGCUGGUAUUCAAGAAAGCAUCCAGUAAAGGACCUCGACGACUAGAGAAAUAUCCAGAUGAAAAAGCUGCCUACUUCAGAAGCUUUCAUAAGAUAACUGAGCUCCACAACAUCAAGAACAUUACGCGAAUGCCCCGAGAGACUAAGAAACACGCAGUGGCAAUUAUUUUCUGCGAUGAGACGUCAAAGACAUUUUCCUGUGAGUCAGAGCUGGAUGCUGAGGAGUGGUGGAAGUUAUUGUGUUUGGAGUGCCUGGGCAGCAGACUUAAUGACAUCAGCCUGGGAGAACCGGACUUGUUAGCAGCAGGCGUGCAGAGGGAACAGAACGAGAGAUUUAACGUUUACUUGAUGCCGACCCCAAACCUGGACAUCUAUGGAGAGUGCACAAUGCAGAUCACCCAUGAGAACAUCUACCUAUGGGACAUCCACAAUGCCAGAGUCAAGCUGGUCAUGUGGCCGCUCAACUCCCUGAGGAGAUACGGCAGAGACUCAACAUGGUUCACAUUUGAGUCUGGGAGGAUGUGUGAUACAGGUGAGGGCUUGUUUACAUUCCAGACCAGAGAAGGGGAGAUGAUUUAUCAGAGAGUUCAUUCUGCCACACUGUCCAUCGCCGAGCAACAUGAACGCAUGAUGAUGGAGAUGGAGAAGAGCUCACAGACUCUUUCAAACGAGAGCACAUUAACAAAGUCGAUAUCUCUUCCGCGAAGCGCUUACUGGCACCACAUCACGCGUCAGAACAGCGUGGGAGACAUCUGCAAUUACCAAGGCACGAGUUUUACUAUGACACUGAUUCCACGAGCGCAGACGUUUCAAAACUUCCUUUCGGAGAAGACAGUUGAAGAACAGAACCAGGAGCAAGCAACACCGGCCUCUAGCGGCCACAAUAGGAAUUGCAGUACUUCACCGCUCCGUUGACAUGCAAUGAUAUGGCUUGUAAAGCCAAAACUCCUGGACAUUCCAAAGCUUUACAAAGCUCAUAGACACAUGUACAGUAUGAACUAAUAUAUAUAUAUAUAUAUAUAGAACAGUGUGUAUACUACAAACUCUAGAAGCCUCUUUUGUACGUUGACACAUACACACUCACGCACACACACACAAACUAAUGCCAAAAAGUUGUACCAUAAACAUUAUUUUCCUUGUGUAGUUUAAAAAACUUUCUGCAGUUAUUUUUCUGAUGUACUGUAAAUAUUUAAGCGCUGUAGUAGCGCUUGCAACACUGAGCAUAAUACGUUUGUUGCAUAUUUGUCUGUCUUCUUAAUGGAAUACUUAGUAGAGGUUUGCUCCAUUAGCUUCUGUCAAAAGAGAUAAAUGUUUUUUUUUUUUUUUUUUUUUUUUGCACCCAGCACUUUCAAGUUAGCGCUUGCUUUGCACCUUGGUCUGUUGGUCUGUGUGGCAAUAUGUGCAGUUAUAGUGUAUGUAGAUAUCUGCAGUGUGGCCUUCAAACAACUUUAUUUUGUAGUUAUUUACUUUCUAAAAUCCAUAAACAUUGGACAGGUUUGGUAAAUCUGAAUCAAGCUUCACACUGCAUAAAAGUGCCUCCAGACUCUGCUAUACUCAGACUCUGGCUAGAAAGAUGAUUAAAUUAAAAUCCUCUUGUCAUCCAUGUAAGACAGAAUUAAGUUUAUAUGUUGAAAGCCCAUUUUUGUAAUAACAGAAUUAAAUAUCUAUUCUUUCCCUGCACAGAAAAAUGCUGUUCCAGUAAUUUUACUGAAUGACUCCGCAAUGGUCUUGGAUAUUAGAUGAUAAAAUAACACGAACACAUUCGAUGCAGACAAUCAAUACAGAUUCACUCAUCUAAUGGGUUUUACACCUAGAAAAUAAAAUACCUUCAAAUGACUCUUUAUUUAUUGUGUAAUUAUGCUAGGAAAACAUGUUUGACCAGGACAAUGCAAAACAUUAUUACGUCAUGAUGUGGAUCUCAAGGUUUUAGAAGCACAUGAAGGAUUCUAAGAGAACUAUAAUAAUAAAAAAUUAAAAAAAAAUAUUUGUACAUUUGUUCCAAAUUGUUCUAGUCAGAGAUUUGUAGUGCUUGAAUGUGAAUUAAACAACCACUGUUUUGUAACAGUGUAUACAACUGUAUCAUUGAAAUGUCUGUCACUAUUUAAAAAGAGAAUGUCCCUCUCUAAGGGGGUUUCUAGGGGAUAUUUGGUCAAACACCAGCCUUCAUUUUGUGUGUAAUUGUAUGUGUUUAUUUGUUUAUCCAUGUUUUAUUCCAUCGCAUUAAGUAGAAUUUUGUCCUGUGUGGAUUUGUCGUUUACUGAGUGAAAUAAACUGAAUGGACUUUAA